AUGGGUUGGCUCGACUCUCUGUGGGGGAGAAGGAGUGACGAUCCGUUGCAAGACUUUGACCCCAAAGUCCGCGAGUUCCUGCGCAAGGAAUCGCUCGUCAAGUACGACGGCAGCAAGCCCAAGCAGGAUGGACAAGCCCAGCAACCGGCAGCGGCAGAAUCGGGUGCGGCAACUUCGCCCAGCGACCAGACAGCAAGAAGCGAAACCGUGUCCAGCUCAGUACCGAAAGAAUCGCUGUACCAGGACGGUCGCUAUGCGCACCUGUGGAAGACGUACAAGCCGAUCGGCGAGGUCGAGAGCGAGACCAAGUCAGACCACGAGAAGCUGCAGGAUGUGCUAGAUUCGUUCAAGAGCCGGAAGGCAGCGAUAGGGCAGGCAGCCCUCGAGAAUUGCUCCGAGGAACAGCUCGACUGGAACAACUGCAUGAAGAGCGGGUCAUUGAAGGCGCGCAUGACCAUGUGCAGGGACGAAGUUCGGAAGUUUGAGAGGUGCUAUAACAUGCAGUCGAGGCUUCUCAAAGCCCUCGGCUAUAUAAAUGCCAUUGACCGCUCGCCUGAGAUGGACGAGAGGAUACAAAUGCACGCCGAUAAGCUGUAUCACCAGAUGCUCGAGCAAGAGGCUGCCAUCGAGAAGGCGAAGGCGGAAGGCCUGCCCGAGCCCAAAUUCGAGCCUUUUGUGCCAAAGAUCGGCGAUGACCGCAUCGCAAAUAUGAGCGAGGAGGCGAAAAAGAGGUAUCAAGACGCCCUGGCAAAAGUGGACGAGAAGGAACGCGACGCCGAGGCGGCUGCCAUACAAGCCGAGCUGAGGUCAAAGGAGGCCAUGGUAGGCAAGGUGAAGGAGUUGUGGAAGGAGCAGGAGGCCGAGAGGCAAGCCCGCAAGACGAGGGGCGAAGAAACGUUCAAGGACAAGGUGGCGGCAAUAUUGGGCACUCCUAACUCGACGUCAGACAAGAAGAACUGA